AUGAAUGUCAUAGAUCCUUGCACCAGUAGUACUAGCGGAAGCGGACCAUCGACUGUUGGCGCCAACAAUAACACCCCCAACCCCCCUCAAUCAGUGUAUCCAAGCGCACUAUACUACACCAGUGCUAGCGGAAGCGGACUGUCGAUCAUUGGCACCGAUGAUAAUGCCUACAACCCUCCUCAAUCGGCUCAUUCCAGCGCACUCUACAGAUCAUCUAUCAUUAGCGCCAACAAUAACACCCCCCAGCCUCACCAUCCAGCAGCAUCCUACAGGUUACCAGAUCCCCAGUCGCUGGUGGGAUCUUCUCGAAAUCAGCGUCCUCAGCCGCUUGAAACUAGACAAGAUGGAGCUAGUAUUGCGCCCAUGACUAUGGCGCCCGUUGCAUCCGUUCUUGCCCCCAUUACGCCCAUUAUCACGCCAAUUAUACCCAUUCUUGCCCCCAUUGCGCCCGCUCUUGCCCUGCAGCCCAUGGCUACGUGUGUGGUUGCCCCUGCCAUCAAAGUCAGCCCAGAGCACCAGAUACUAAUUGCAAGUCGUGUGAAACGGAGAAUCCUGAGAUUCUUUUUUAUGGAAUUUGCGAUGGCGGCUACUGAGCAGGAGAAGAAACACAUAGUGUCACUUGCAAUUGCAGAGUUGAUCCCAUCCUUUUUCGGCAUCAACGUUGGGGUACGAACCCCUGUGACAAAUAAUCACCGUCAGCAGAUAACAAUGUCGUGGACAAACAUCUUCAAGAAACUAAUGGACCUUGUAAGGAACAAUCUUACCAAUGGCUAUGAGAUCUGCCCCUCGCUAGACUCUAACUCACAAAUCCCGCUGGAGGAUUUCCGUCGUCGAGUAGCAUCCGCAUUGGUCAAUGACGAUCAUAACUUGUUAGCGUUUAUGCAUAAGCAUACUGUAAACGCGGAUGGUGUUGUAACUAUGUUACAGGAAGGUAUACUGGCUCACCCCUUCAUACUGCAUACCAUGAUUCGUUUCAUAUGGAACACCGAGCUUGGGCUUUCUGAGUUCCUGAACAACCCACAGCUUCAAACCAACCCGUUAGAACUAAUCGAUUUUGCUAUUGCCACUGUGGGGGCAGCUACAAAGCAUGCACUGCUUGAGCAAAUACCUCAUCCACCUGUCAUGCUUCCAUUCGAACCGCUCAAGGGGAAGAAAACCUUUGAUACUAUUAUAGACUACAUCCAUGAUUUUGAUCACGCACAAAUUAUCAUCUUUGGCAGACGCAAGACUCACCUCAUAAAAAUUGGGGUGUCGCAGCAGUUAGCUACAGCUGUGUUAGGACAUCUUUAG